AUGGGUUCAACAACAAAAGAGGAAGGGAAUACUGUCGAAAAUGCACCCGCUCUGUCAAGGUCCGCCUCAAUCGUUUUUGUUGCUACUGUUACUGGUGCUGCAUUCAUCAACACAUUCGCAUCUCAGAGCGUGGUCAUCAUACUUCCAACGAUCGGGCGCAAGCUUGACAUUCCCGAGGCUCGACAACAGUGGAUUGUAACCUCAUACGUACUGACAUUUGGAUGUUUCCUCCUCUUGUGGGGCAGGAUUGCCGAUAUCUAUGGCAAGCGAACAAUAUUUAUCUUGGGCUCGCUCUGGGUUACUGUGAUUUCAGCUGUCAAUCCAUUCAUUCCAAAUGAGAUCGGCUUCGCUAUCUUUCGAGGAUUGCACGGCUUGGGUGCAGCUGCAAAUGUUCCUACUGCGGUGGGAAUUUUGGGUGCGACAUUCUCUUCUCCGGGUCGGGCAAAGAACUAUGCCUUCAGUGCAUAUGCCUGUGGCUCACCUUUGGGGAGCAUAUUCGGUACAAUCGUGUCUGGCGCAGUUGCCCAAUAUGCUGCAUGGCAAUGGAUUUUUGGUAUUCAGGCCAUUUUAACCGGGUUGAUAACUGUUGCUAGUAUAUAUGUGAUUCCCAAGAACGAAACCGCUUCAGCAAAUGCAAAUACCGGGGACCUGUUUAGAGAUGUUGACUGGAUAGGAGGACUACUGGUCACAGUCUCCCUUUUUAUGCUCCUUUUUGCGCUCGCGGAGGGCAAUAUGGUUGGCUGGAAGACACCCUAUGUCCCAAGUUUGAUCGCAAUUUCAAUAAUCAUGCUAGCUGGCUUUGUCGCUUGGCAAUUGCGCUUGGAAAAGAAAGGAGAUAGGCCGCCUCUUCUCAAGAUAUCUUUGUUUCGCAACUUUCAUUUCAGCGUUACCAUGCUUGCCAACUGCUUCUUCUGUGCCUCGUUCAACAAUAUGCUGGUAUUUUCAACAUACUUCUUUCAAGAUUACCAGGGCCUCUCACUCAUCCAAACGAUGCUUCGAUUUCUUCCAACGGGCCUGGUUGGAAUUUUGUCACCAAUAGCGGUCUCACUUGCUUUGGGGAGAGUCCCGACAAUCUCUUUGUUCGUCGCCAGUCAUCUUCUUCUGGCAGCUUCAUCCCUUCUAUUCGGAUUACCUCUGCCGGAUAACGUGAGCUACUUUGAAUGGGAAUUCUGGGCUUUGAUUUCCUUUGCUAUUGGUAUGAACAGCUUUUGGUCUUGUCUCACGCUUUUUGUAUCAACUGUGUUACCGAAAGAUGAUCAGGCUGUUGCGGGGGCCCUUAUGUAUGUUUUUAACCAGCUUGGCCGGGCAUUUGGCUUAGCAAUUUCGACCGCGGUACAGACUGCUGUUUCUGCGAGUUCUUCCGGUAAUCAGGCGGAAAAGAUGAAGAUUACUGAACCUGGUGACAAAAACUUUCUUAAGGGAAUUCGUGCGGCCUCUUGGUUAGAUGUCGGCUUUGCAUUGACUUCGUUGGCCUUAAUAUCGGCUGCAUUUUGGAAAUUCGAGUAUGUCCAAAGGGGGUAA